GCAGGCAGCGGGGAGCAGCGAGUGUGCGGCUGCAAAGGAGCCGUGCGAGGGAAGGAUGAAGGUCUCUCCCCAUUGCCUCCAGACCGGGUGCUGAGGGUGGGGGCGGCGUGGCAGGGGGUGGCCUGCCGUCCCUAUCCCCCCCCGCCCCCCCAAAGGGACUAGGACAGACCCCCCAGCUUUGGCAGGUCCAACGCAACCCAGUCCUUUGUCUGCUGACAGGGGCUCUGCCCGAGCCAGAUGUGCAGGCAGCUGUGGCGGGGAGCAGGCAGGCGGAUGACAGCAACGCUGGGAGACGGGAGGAGAGUCCAAGGGAAUGACCUUGAGGAGGAACCUGAAAGACUCGGCCAAGUACAAAAAUGAACCACUUGGGGAGGAAGAAAAGGCGAAGCUCUGACUGAAGGCGCCAGCCCUGGUCACGGGUGUUAUGUGCUCUCGGCAGGGGGGACCAGGCAGGGCAGCCGGCAGCAGGGGCUGAUCGGUGCCAGGGGCUCGCAUGGAGCAUCUUCUCCCACAGAUGCUGUCCCCACCUGGCUGUCACCCCAUGUCCUGCUCCAGAUUCACCCUGUGAACCUUUCCUGCCUGGCAAGAAGCUGGUCCCACCAGCCAAAAAUGAGACGCUUCCAAACCAGCUCACUUCUGCUCUGCGUGGUGGCCGCCACCGCCAUCCCCAUCGUGCCCUGGAAGGUCAAAUGCCCACCGCAGUGUGUCUGCCAGAUCCGGCCGUGGUACACCCCCCGCUCCGUGUACCGGGAGGCUGCCACCGUGGACUGCAAUGACUUGUUCAUCUCCACCGUGCCCGAAGACCUGCCGGAGGGGACUCAGACUCUGCUCUUGCAAAGCAACAAUAUCGCCCGGCUUGAGCAGAGUGAGCUGGACUAUCUCAGAAACCUCUCGGAGCUGGACCUGUCACAGAACAGCUUCUCCGAUGUCUGGGACUUUGGCCUGAGGAGCAUGCCCCAGCUGCUCAGCCUGCACCUGGAGGAGAACCAGCUUUCGGAGCUGCCCGAUGGCAGCUUCCCUGGGCUGGGCAACCUGCAGGAGCUCUACCUGAACCACAACCAGCUCCGCCGCAUCGCUCCCCACGCCUUCUCCGGCCUCAGCAGCCUGCUGCGCCUCCACCUCAACUCCAACCUGCUGAGGACGGUCGACAGCCGCUGGUUCCAGAUGCUCCCCAGCCUGGAGAUCCUCAUGAUUGGAGGCAACAGAGUGGAUGCGAUCCUGGAUAUGAAUUUCAGGCCCCUGUCGAACCUGCGGAGUUUGGUUUUGGCUGGGAUGAACCUGAGGGAGAUCUCGGACUAUGCACUGGAAGGGCUGCGGAGCCUGGAGAGUCUCUCUUUCUAUGACAACAAGCUUGUGAAUGUCCCCAAGCGGGCACUGCAGCAAGUUCCUGGCCUCAAAUUCCUGGAUCUGAACAAAAACCCAUUGCAGAGGGUCAAGCAAAGCGACUUCACGAACAUGCUGCACCUCAAAGAGCUGGGGCUCAACAACAUGGAGGAGCUGGUGUCCAUAGACCAGUUUGCCUUGAUCAACCUCCCUGAGCUGACCAAGCUAGACGUGACCAACAACCCCAAGCUGUCCUUCAUCCACCCCAACGCAUUCCACCACCUUCCCCAACUGGAAACCCUCAUGCUCAACAACAACGCCCUAAGUGCCUUGCAUAAGCAGACGGUCGAGUCCCUGCCCAACCUGCAGGAGAUCAGCAUCCACAGCAACCCCAUCCGCUGCGACUGCGUCAUCCGCUGGGUCAACAGCACGGAAAACCACAUUCGCUUCAUCGAACCCCAGUCCACGCUGUGCGCCGAGCCCCCUGACCUCAAGAGGAGGCACAUUCGGGAUGUCCCCUUCCGGGAGAUGACGGACCAGUGCCUGCCCCUCAUCUCCACCAAGAGCUUCCCCUCCCACUUAGAGGUGGCAGAUGGUGACAAUGUCUCCUUGCAUUGCCGAGCUCUGGCGGAGCCAGACCCGGAGAUCUACUGGGUGACCCCUGCGGGGGUGAAGCUGAUCCCCUACGCGGAAGAUGGGUGGUACAAGGUGCACCCUGAAGGGACGCUGGAGAUUCAUGGGAUCUCGGCUCAGGAGGCCGGGCUGUACACCUGCGUGGCUCACAACCUCCUCGGGGCAGACACCAAGAGUGUCAGCGUGACGGUCAACCACUCCUUCCCACUCAGCGAGGACAGCCUGGAGCUGGUGGUGGUGGAUGUCCAGGCUUACCACAUCCUGGUUGCCUGGAAGCCACAUCUCAACACCAUCUCCUCCAACCUCACCUGGUCCAGCUUCUUGCUCAGCUCCAACCUGGACAUGACCAACAUGGCCCGGAUCCCCAUGGGGACCCACAUGUACAACAUCACCCGGCUCCACCAGGACACGGACUACUGGGCUUGCCUCCACGUGGCCUUUGUAGACUUGCAGGCCAAGGUGGCUUGUGUGAACACCAGGACUAAAGAGGCUGCUCACCGCUACUGGCUCCUGGAGGGCAGGCAGAGCCUCCUGACCAUGCUGGUCCUCUGCCUCCUGCUCCUUGCUGCCAGCCUCGUAGCUCGCUACGGUGCUGGGGCAGAGCCCAGGAGGGCCGGGGAGCUGCUCCGGGGUGCCACGGCCGUGCGUGUGGUCUAUCCCCCCCUCGCCCAGCCCUGGGCUCGGGGACAACGUGGGGGGCAGCUCCUGGCCGUGGAGGUGCAAGCAGCCCCCCUGGACUGCUGAAGGCUGAUGCAGUGGUAGGGCUGACUGUGGGGUGCAGUGGUUUGGGGGUGGGGAGGGAGAAACUAUUUUUUACCAAAAAAAUAACUAAACUACAAAACUGAACAAAAAACAAACAAAGAAGAAAAAGAAUUUCAUGGACUUGACCGAGAGUCGAAGCAGCGUGGCAGAUGGAGAGGAGCAGAUGUGGCCACGGGGCUUGCAGAGCGCCGUCGUGGUCCUGGCAGGGUCUGGAUCCAUGGAUAGGGUCCGGAUCUGUGCAUGGCUCCCGAAAGCACCCGCUGGGCAGCCGGGAGGGCUCAGAGGAGCCCGAGCCCGAGGGGGACGAUGCCCAGAACGGUUGAAGAGCCAUACAGAUGAUCACCUCUUCCCCGCAUCCCCCUGGCACCACGAGACACCCCAACAGUGUCAGCUCCUUUGCUGGACAGUCCCUGUUUGGGAAAUACAAAAAAAAAGCCUUUUCCUUUGGGAUACAUGUUCUUUUUUGUUGUUUGGGUUUUUGUUGGGUUUGGUUUUUUUUUUUUGAGCAUUCAGAUAAUGAGCCACAAAUCCAGUCCCAGCACCUUCCCGCUGCCCUGUCGUUUGCUCGCUGCCAUCAGACAGAGGGAAGCAGAGGGGAAAGGAGGGGACUUUGGGCAAAAGAAACAGAAAUGACGAUGGUGAUGCAUCCCCUAAUUGGCAUCCCUGCAGGGCUGGCCAGCUUCUGCCAGAGUUGAUUGGAUCCUGUAUCCCGCAGGUGUAAUCUCAAGGCUAUUUUGUAAACUUUUGUGGAUAAUGUUAAAAAAGGGGGAAAAAAUAGAGGAAAAAAUGGGAAGAAAAGGGGGGGGGGGGAAGAAGUUCUUGCUUUUCUGGUUUUGUACAAAAAAAGGAAAAAAAAAAGAGGAAAAAAAAAAAAGACAUCCUUGUAUACUGGUGUGCAGCUGGAGGGCUUCGUGGUAGGAUCCCCUUGCUCCAGAUGCAGGAGGGACUGGGGGGGCCCUGCCCACACCCUGUGCAUUGCUGUCUAUGCAAAGGGGGGGAUGCAAAACCUGCUCUCCUGGGCUGUUGCUGCUUCCUUUCCUGAUAAGCAAUUAAAAUUGCAAAUGAAAGGGACCAGUGAGCAGCCCCAGUGCCGCCUGGGCUGUGCCAGACCGAGCGACCCCAAGUCAGUGAGCCUGAAGGAGCCCUUCCCCUCCCAUUCCAUGGGCACCGAUGCUGCCGGUGAUGUUCCCCUCCCUGGUAAACGUGAACAAGCCAUCCCUUUGCUUGGGCCUAAACCUAAUCCCUGCUUAUCAAAGGUAAGGACUUUGGGGUCGGUUUAACUGCAACCCUAAAUGAAACGUGCCUUUACCAACCCACACGUGGCCCUGAGAGAGCCCAGCGCAGCCGGUGCUGUGGGCACGGGUACACGCAGAGCCUGGCUGGCCCCUCGCUUGGGGGUCCUUCCAUGGGAAAAACCAAGAAAAAAACCCAUCCCAGCCAGACCUGGUGGGUUGCUGGGAGUGAUGGGGUGCUGGUACCCCAGGAGGUAGCAUCUCCGUGCCGAUGUGGUACCCGCCUGGGCAAAGCCGCUUGUGCCAGCGCAAUUGCUGCAUGCAUGGGGCUUUGAAGGGACCAGAAAACCUUGACACAGUAAAAAGCUGUUUGAACUUCUCAUUCAUCUUCCAGCCAAAGCGAGAUGGUUCCCCGCUGGAUAAGCUCCGUGCUCAGCCAGGCACGCGAAACGGCUUCUGCGCCUUCACCGGGUAAUUAUUUCGGAGGGUAAUGGCUCUCCCCGGUCCCCGCUCAGCACACCACCACCACUCACCAAAGCGCUUCAGCAUGUGUUCAGGACCCGGCGAGCUCUCCAGAGGCCCUAAGCACAAGCUGAAAGUUAAGUGCAGGCUUAAAUACUUUGCUGAAUUAGAGGCAUGAUCUGCUUUAAAUAUUUGGCUGCAGAGCUGUGCUCAGGUGUGCAGCCGUCAGUGUUUGCAGACUCAGGGCCAGAGACAGCCUUUCUCCUCUGCCUUUUGUACAGCAGGGAAACGUAAAUGCAAAAUAUAUUCCCUGUGGUUCAGCUAAAUUGGUGCUGGAACAUAUGGAAAUAGUUGCUGAGAAAUUUCCCAGGUGUAAACGCAUCCCUGAUUUAAUCCUGCUCGUCCCUGCAACGUGCGGGCUGAGCCCUGGGCAGCACCUGCUUCUCCCAUCCCCUCUGCCAUCCCGCUCCCUGCGAAAACCAUCCUCGGUUCCCGAAGAAAGCAAGGACCGAGCCCCUUAAAGGCUGUAAUUUUCUAGGUGUAGAGAAAAAGCCUCUUUGAUCACGGUUAUCGCGGCUGCUGCCGCCACGCUGGGACGGGAGGUGAAGGUUCAGCCGCUGCCUGAAUUGCCGGCUCUCAUCUAAAAGCAAUGCCGGCAAACCAGGGAUUAAAAUGCAAGAUACAUCCAAUUAAUUCGAUCUCCUUUGAAACCAGGAGCGACCCGAGGAGCUCUCUGCAGUGCGUUCAGAGGGAGGCACCCACCGCUGCAGGACUUGUGUUCCAGUGGGUCCCCGGCAUGGAGUGUCCCUGGGUGGGUGCUCCAGCCCAGGGUCCCCACGGGAACGGGGGUGGCUGAAUCACCCCCCCAGUGCCCCAAAACAGGAGCUUUGCUGUGAACUAUUCCCUCCCUUCCUCCGAGGACAUCAGCUGAGAGCACCAUAGAUGCCUCAUACACUAUUUAUUGCUGUUGUUAUUUAUUAUUAAAGCACCAACCAGCUUUUCAUGGGCAGAAAUGCUCCGUAAACUGUUCCCUGUCCCCCUGUGCCCAAGCCUGGAUGGGGCAGGUGGAGCUGGAGCAGCUGCGGGCAGAGCCUCACCAGCACCGUCCCCUGUCACCCGGGGGGACAAGGUCCCAUCUGCUCAGAGACCCUGAAUUAACGCCAGCCCUCGCUGGAGGAGGCAGGACAGAGCCAAGCACCUCACAUCCCCCCCACAGCACCCUUCCACCCUGGGUGCCCUGCAGCUCCCAGCACGGUUGGCUGGGGGAGCAGCCCCGGCUGCCCCCUCCCCGCAGCACCGAGCCCCCCGCACAGGGAAGCGAUGCUCACGCUCCUCAUCAGCAGGGAUCCAGCCAAAAAUGAACCUCACUGGGUGAAUUACAGCAGCUACAAGGUUUUACAGGGCUGGUGAUUGGGACUUGCAGCUUGUCCUCUGCCUGGCAGCUGAAUUCGGCACCUGGGGAGGAUUUGCUAGCGCGCACCAGGGUUAUUUUGGGGUGCCAGGCAGCGGGAAUGGGGCUUUUUAGGCGCGGCGAAAUCUACUUGCAUCUUAAAGUUCCCUUCAACGGGCAGCAGCUCCCCAGGUGCCAAAGCAGGCUCAGCCUGCAGGGUCUCGCCUCCCUACUCAGAAAGCAAGGAUGUGGCAGGAGGUAGAGAUGCUUCAGAAAGGGGGAAAGCAUCUGACCCAGGACGCUCUCUACCAGAGAGCUCUUUAAUCUGCCCACCAAAAUCAUGGCGAGAGUCAGGGCAACUCAAAAACAAGAUGUGGAGGGUUUUUUUAAGCAGCAGAAGGAAUUAACCACUGAAGCAGCUUUCAGGACAGGAAGAAAUAACCUCCAGUUGCACCAGGGGAGGUUUAGGUUGGAUAUUAGGAAAAAUUUCAUCACUGAAAGGGUAGUCAAGCGUUGGAACAGGCUGCCCAGGGAGGUGGUGGAAUCACCAUCCCUGGAGGUGUUUAAAAAACACGUAGAUGUGGUGCUGAGCGACAUGUUUUAGUGAUGGACUUGGCAGUGCUGGGUUAACGGUUGGACCUGAUGAUCUCAAAGGUCUUUUUCAACCGAAACGAUUCUCUGCUGGUACCAGGGGAUAGCAAUCUCCAUUUCCGAGUGCCAGGCAGGGAUGCAGCUCUCAAGGAGAUGCUCUAGUGAAGAGGCUUCCAAAUUUCUCAAGCCCAAGAGACCGUCACCAACACCCACCAACCCUCCUGGCUGCUGCCAGCUGAGCCCUGGGGGUCCCAACGGGUGGGGGAGGCGAGCAGGGGUGCCUCCAUCACCUCCUGGUCCUCCCCCUCCAUCCAUCUGGGAUGUCAAAGGAUCAUUUGGGAAAUGCUUCUCCUCCAGCCUGUCCCAGAAGGUCUCACCCCCAGGCACUGGUUUCUCUCUCAUAAACCACUCUCCUUUAGCUGUUCGUCAGGUUUAAUUUCUCAUUUGGGGUUUGUUGGUUUGUUUUUGUUUUGUUUUUUUUUAAAUUUAUUACCUUCACUUUGAGGAUAGCAGUAAAAGUCCUCAUUUCUGCUCCUUCUGCCCUCUACCCCUCCUCCUCUUCCUCGGUCCGAACAGCAUCGUGGAUCUCAUAUGCAACUGAGCUUCUCUCAACAAAACCAACCGAGAACAUUGCGUGCCAAGCUCUAUUUUAAGCACCUAAUAAAACUGAUUUUUGGAGCGGCUCCAUCAUCGUGUCCUUCUUUCGCAGAGCCCUUGCACCUGCCGAGGGCCCCACGGUGGAGAUGCCCCGUCCUCGGCACCUCUCGCUGGGCUGGCGGCCUGCCUGCCUGCACCAAAGGCUUUCUGGCUCCGGGAGGAGCAUGACAGGCAUGUAUUUAUUAGUUCGUUACAGAAUCAAAGCAGACCUCUCCUCCUCUCCCCAGCACUUCCUCAAGAAUGAUUUAAAUUAAAACACCCAGCCUCCUUGGGAAAUGUCAGCGGUGUUAUCCAUAUGCAUGAUGCCAUUAUGAUGAAGCAGGUGCAGCUUUCAAAACCUUUAGGAAAAUCUACCUGUCAAUCUCCCUGGCAAGCAGCUCUCCUUCCAAAUGCUUCGCCACUUCUCCCCCUCCCGCCUUUAUCAUUGAUCUACAGGUGGGGAAACUGAGGCACAGAGCCACCCAGUGACUUAAGGACUUCAGCCCCUUUUCCCCUUCCAAGCACGCACUGCGGUCAGGAGACAAGCACUUCGUUGGCCUUUACAACCAGGAGUCACUGAAAAAAGGAAGAAAAGGCAAAGGCAGGAGUCACAGAGGAGAAAUGAUUGCAGCUCAUUUACUUCCCGUUGCCUUUUCCGGCCUUUCAGAGCUGAAGCAGCUCCUGCCCCCUGCUAGAGCAGCCCAGCCAGCCCCAGUAAAUGGAUUCAGCUGUGUUCAAGUGGGAAAUUGAGGCUAAAAUCAGGCUGAUGGGAAAGUAGCGGGGCAGGAGAGGUGGCAUGAGGUUAGUUUAGAGCUGUCUGAAGCCAGAGGAGCGCUGGCCUCUCUGGGGGGUGGUUUGCAGUUAGCUCCUCUGCCGGCUUGCCCAGCCUGGCUGUUCGCAGCCUCUCGCCUUCCCUCUCCAUCAGGCAGGAUUUUGGGAAGCCCAGCUCCCUUCCCAGCACUGGCUCUUCUGAUGGCUGAGCCGUCUGCAGGGGAUGCUGCCGUGGCUUGAAUUUGUUCCGUGGUGCAGGGGGUCUGGAGGAGCAAGGACUCGAGGAUGCGCAGCAGCAUCGCAGGAGACACCAGCAGUGCCGAUGGGCCACAGAUGCUUCGUGUGCUGGUGAGACGGGUGCUUGCUGCUGGCCACAGCCUCUGCUUGUGCUGCUGGUGCCAGACAGGCUUAACUAAUUCAUUAAGAAAGCGAUGCACACCUGGGUGGGACUUUAGGGUGUUUGGGGGGGGCUGACCCCACAGCGAGUGACAGCAUGGGAGGCUGUGGCCACCCCAGGGCAAGCAGCAGCUCACCCUGCUCCCAUCGCAGGGUCUGCUCCCAGUGGGAUGCGUGGGGCACCCCGCUACCCUCGCUGCUCCCGAGCACUCCUGGAACCGUGUUAAAUCUUGAUUAGGUGGGGGAAGGGGAAUGGAUUUGGGAUUUGCAUGUGGCUAAAUGGGAAGGGAGCAGGGAAAGGCAGGCAGGGCUCGCGGUGACGGGGAAUGAAUAUUAAUAGGGAAUAACGAGCCAGAGCCCAGCUCGGCGGUGGCAGCAGCAGGCAGCAAGUGCAGGAACCAGUUGAAGCAGCUGAUGGUGGGGGGCUCUCCCCAGGGCUGGAUGAGGCCCUGAGGAAUACAGGUUUUGUGGCAGGGACUCAGCUGUGUCAGCAAGAUAUGGGGAGACGUGGAGGGGGGGCAAAAGCUCCCACCUCCGCAAGGAGAGUCAGCAAAAACUGCUAAAAGCAACAGCAGAACUAACAAAAUGGAAAGGGGAGGUCUGCAGCAUCACCUGUGUACUGGGGUCCUGGGAAAACCUCCUGCAAGCUGGUGGUGUCUGGUGUGAAUACCAAACAGCUUUGAUCUUUGCCAAUCCUUUCUAAAUCUUGAGCAGUGUCUUGUAAAUCUUUAAUUACAAGAAAAUUGCAACCUUAACAGUGAACACACAAACGGCGUUGAUAAAUAUUUAAAAUUGCCACAGCAACAGAUCUGAGGGGAUUAAGAAAAGAUAUAUUGGAGUGACAGUUAUUAAACACUAGAUCCCAGUAAAUGUUACUGAGCAGAUAAAUAAUGCAGGUCCCCGACAGCCGCGCUCGGCUGCUGACAAACAGGGGGGAAAAAACCGGCUGCUUUGGGGUGGAGGAGGCUGGCGAUGCUCUUCCCCAAAAGCCCAGGGUGGUGGGGGGUAAAAGUCUUGUGGGGGUACAAGCAUUUUCUCUCCUGCUCGGAAAUAAAAUGCAGCGUGCAGUGCAGAGUGCCCUGCCGCUGAGGAAGGGCCAGGAGCUGAUGGUGUCUCUCGACCCCUGGGCUCAACAGCUUGCCUGGAAACCCCGCUGUUCUCUGGCUCUCUUGCCCAGCAGCUGCGUGACCGUGGUGGUGCUGAGCACGGUGCGUGCGUGGGGCUGUAGGUCCUCCAGCUCCUUCCCCAGCAUCGCUACUGCCACAGCCACCUGGGCUGGGCUUCCCUCGCCAGCUGUGCCACCGAGCUCCUGCCUGCCACUCUGCUGCUCCUCCUGCUCAGCCCCCUCCGCUUCCCUCACCUUUUUCUGUAAGUUUUGAGGUCACAGACUAAAUUUCCAUUAUUAAAUUUCCAGCUAGCAUUAAAGAUUUAUUGGUUCAUGAAAGGUAACUAGCAAAAAGUUCAUUAUUCCGAACAGCCUUGCCUUCCCUCACUUGGAAGAUGCUCGAAGCGUGAAUUACCCCAGCAACCUUCCCGAUAAAAUAUUGAUCUAAAAAGUUAGUUAAUUAUAAAUAUUACAGCAGAGUGAUGAGAAAUUCCCAUUUCUGCCUGUUUUGCAGGAAGGCGCCCUGUGCCAGCACGGCCUGAGGAUGGACACCGGGUCUGCCUGGGCAGGCUGCUGCCCUCCAUCUCUCCCAGCUGCGGUGGGAGCGAUGCCCAGCCCAGCAUCACCGUGUCCCUGUCGCAGGGCUGUCCCCAGCCCACCCCAUCCAGCGCCCUGGGGGCAGCCAGAGCCCCCCAAACACACGUGUUCGCCCAUCCAGCCGCAGCCCGGCGCUGCGGGGUGAGCGUGCGUGUGCCGCCGGGGUUUAGGUUUAACUUACGGUGAACGUUCAGCUCUGCUGAACGAUAAUAACAAGCACUUAAAAAACCUAACGAGGGGGGCUGGUUUGUUGGCCUUGCAGAAGCGCUGAUGCCCACCUAGUAAAUGUUUAAUUGAAAGUGGAAGGGAACUGGGAGGCUCACCAGUACAGAGAAAACAGUAAAUAUUUAAUUUGGGCACAGUAAUUACACAAACAAGGUUAAAGAAAAGGGGGGAGAAGACAGAUGAAGGUGGCACCUAUAGAACAUUAAAUCCACAUAAAGUCACCAAGGAGAUAAAUAAAAAAUCCCCUUCCAGCAAAGGCAGGAAUACCGGUUCCUCCAGGCGGCUGAGCACGGCUUGCGGGGAGCACUGCGAGCAGCCGGGGCAGGCACCAGCUUUCCACCCUGGCACCCGUGGACCGCCGAGGGCUGCACCUGGACUCCAGCAAGGGCAGGUGGUAAGAAAAAAGAAAGGGAAACCCAAAAACGAGAGUCUGCCCUCAGCUCAGCACCGUGCGGGAGAAACACCCCUUGCAGCGGCUGGUGGAGCUCGGUGGGCUGGAGGCAGGAGCGGGUGAGCAAGGCUGUGCCCAUCCCUCCAAGGACAGCGGGUACCCAGUGCCGGCCCCGCUUCGGGAUAAACCCCAAAGCAUCUGGAGAGCCAGCAGGACAGAAUCGGGUCCAGGGAGGAUACCUACACGUUUCCACUAUCAAGCCCAGAGAAUUCGAAUUGCACAGGGGUGACGGAGAGCCUGCUCUGCCCACACGACGCACAGCCCGCGCUCGUAGCACGGCUGAUCGGCGCCAAAAUAUUCACAGACUUCUGCAUUCAGAAGCAAUGUAUUCUCUGUGCAUUCCGUUGUUUUGGGUUUUUUUUUUUUUCCCUCUUAUUUUACAGUCUAAAGGCCUGACUGCAACAUGUUGUAUUUUCCGAGUAUAAGCAGAAAAGAGUUUUUCAAGCAAGGGUCAGAGUUAAGGGUGCUCUCCCAUGACGAAGCAAGCGUUGCUUUAUACUGAAGGGGAGCAACACCCAGAGCUGGAAGGGCUGUGUCAGCGUGGGUUACGAUCUUUUUUGCUAAUGGCAAUAAUAAGAGUAUCGUAGCAAGUCAACUAGCUCGCUCAGGCAUUCUUCUUUCUGGUAUUGAUUUUAAGAACAUGGUUUCUAAAGCAAAAUAACAAUAGCUAGCACUUGUAAAGCUGCUCCCACGCUCAAAGCGGUAUGCAAACAUUUACAUGCCAUUUAAAGCAACCCACUAAAUCACACCAGUAAAUAAGCCUGAUUUGCCACCGGUUAAACUAGAGGAUGCCGCAGUACAGGGGUGUCUCCGGUGCUGUGUAGGGAAAGUGCAAGUCCUCGGUGGGCACCGGGGCUCUGCUCCUCUCGGAGGCACAGCACCACUAUCUCAUUAACUGGCUGUAAAGGCAAAGCGCAGAGAGGCUGGUCCGGCUUUCCAGAAAGAAAAGGUACGUGCAGAUCCAAGAGCCCCAUCCCUUGUGCAGGAGAUGGCUCGGCCCCUGCAGCGCUUCCCUCUGCUUCCCCAGACCCCGGGGUCUCUCGCUGGUUCCUUUUAAUCCCCGUUCGGACCAGCCGCUGGGACAGCGAUGCCAGUUGCCACUUGUGCAGCCAUUUCAAUCCUCAAAUUAACGAGCCUUUAGCUGCUAGAAGAAAAAGCUGCAUUUUUUCUUAAAACCAGCCUGGGUUUUGUGCACUGGCAGCUCACGCCUGCGGUGCUGAGCCUGCUUUGCUGGCGAGGUUUUGCACCACCUGCCUCCUCACCCCAGCAAGCUCCAGCUGGAGACCCCAGACAGACCCCUGAGGGGGGGUCUCCCAGCCUGUGCUGGUGGCUGGGACAGCAGCAGCGUGGCUCACACCAGACUGAGUUUCAGAGAGCUCUUGUUUUUCCUGAUGUUGAUGUCUGCAUCACUGACAGUUCUGGGGAAGGUGUCUGGAUGAAGCGAGGCUGUUUAUUUUCAGCCUGUUACCCCAAGGCAGAGGAGGAAGAAGCGCUGCCGGCUCCCAGGCAACAGACUGAAGAGCACAGGUUUGAGAGGCUGCUCCUGCACAGACCUGCAACUGCUUAAGGGAGUCUGGGAGUGCUGCAAACCCUGCCCCAAAAUAGUCACUUUCCUACAAAAGAUGAGGAAAAAGAGGCAUAGUGAGGUAGAGAGACUUCAGAGGGCAGAAGCUGAACAGGGUUGGAAUACCAAGCUCUGACUACUCGACAGGCUACAGCAAAAAAAGAUACGGAACCGUAUUUCUUUCCUCCCAGAAAUACAACAUGGUUGCACCUCUGAGGAAGAUGAAAUGCUGUCGCUUCCCAUAGAGAUGAAGAGCCAUCUCCUUUCAGCAUGCAUCUGGCCAGCCUCUCCUGCUAAGAAGUCAAACCCAGAGGUGAACAACUCCACUUUGCUGCUGUUACAGCUGGGGAGGAUUGAUUUUUGCCUGCUGCUGGCCCAGGGUGGGCAGAGGGAGGGUGGCAGAUCUCACCAGCACAACACAGCCCCUGGCAAACAGGACGGACGCAGAUGUUCUACUUCAUGCUGUGCUUUGGAGCAGUUUGAGCCAGGCUGGUUUUGUGGGCAGGGUGCAAGGAAAGGUUAGACAGACAAAGGACUGUCGGGGCAGACCCAGAAACUUCCCUGCAGGCUUAAGAUUGGCAGAGGUUACCAACAAGUCUAAUUGCUGCUCUUACAGCUGCUGCAGGACAGAAUGGAAACGGCUGCUGGGUGCAACCCAGCUGCCUGCCAACAGGUGAUCCUGGACAUCAGCCCUACCUAAAGCUGCUCACAGAAACACAGGCAGGGGACAAGCUGGGGCAGGACCAUAAAUACAACCAACUCUGCCCUCUGGCAGCAGGUAUCGUCGUCGUGUCGGGGAUGGGGGAACCAGCUCCAGUUCCGUUCCAACGCCGCAGGUGGAGUUUUACUGUUUUCCUACAAAACGACUGAGAUGCUCCUCGUUAUGAAGCAGCAUCUCCUCCUUGGCAAGCAACUAGUGAUAAAUCACCGCUGGGCAUACGUGGGGCUAGUUUACAACACAAAAGAGGAGACUGUGCUCAUCUGUCUUCCUCCUGCUCAUGUGCAGCCUGCCGGUCUACACCAGCGCUGUAAACCAGGAGGCAAAUCAGUGAAAGCCAAACCCCCGUGUCCCUCAGCACAACCUAUUUGUGCCACCAGCACCGGCUGGGUCUGUACAGCUUGGAGACAAGGGGAGAGCUGCAAAGGAACGCCAGCACCCCGCUCCACGCCAUGCACGGCCGCUGGGUGCCCUCUAGUGAGGUGUCUGCCCGGGGAGCUCUGAAUGCCGGGGUGCAGCGGCUGCCUGCUGCCUUCGCCAGGGCCGCUUCCAUCCUGCAGGCAAAGCAAACAGCCUUAAAACCAGUUGGAGAAGGGCGAAUUAACCUCCUGGUGCUACCGCAAGUAAAUGAUGCAGCGGUUGCCCCUCCUGGGAACCUGGAGUGGCUACAGCUGUUGGCGGUGGGACUGGGGAACCAGCUUAAAACCAAACCCUGCAAGUGCUUUUUUUAAGCUGGCUCAGAAGAUGAAGCCUAAGCACUUCCCCUGCUGUUUGCAAACACGUACGUGGCUCCAGCCUCCCCUCCCAGCUACAAGGCAGAC